CUACCGUCAACCGACAAGUAGUCCAAAGUAGUUGUCGCCUCACGUGACCUCACCCUCCACAAGUAGGAGACCAUGAAGAAGCCGCGUCCUCGGUCGCCUCGCGCGACGUCGCCGCGUGGUUCACCACGCGGGUCCCUGGCUCCGAACAAGCCAGUUCCGCCACCACCGUUACCAGCUGGACAAGCGCGUCCUGGAUCAGGCAGUGGAUCGGAUGACAGCGGGAGUAGAAAUUAUGUUUUGUGGUGGUAUCAAAAACACUCAGGUGAGUCGUAAUUCUCAGGGGGGUGGGCGAAUUUGCAGUGCUUGCGAUCUUUCCGCGCUGGACAUUUGCAUACUGCUUGAAUUUCGAGAACAGCAGGUGGCCCCAUUCGCCUCUAAUCCCCAUACGGUCUCCCACCCCAGGUGGCCCCAUUCGCCUCUAAUCCCCAUACGGUCUCCCACCCCAGGUGGCCCCAUUCGCCUCUAAUCCCCAUACGGUCUCCCACCCCAGGUGGCCCCAUUCGCCUCUAAUCCCCAUACGGUCUCCCACCCCAGGUGGCCCCAUUCGCCUCUAAUCCCCAUACGGUCUCCCACCCCAGGUGGCCCCAUUCGCCUCUAAUCCCCAUACGGCCUCCCACCCCACCCGUCCCGGAAGAGAAAGUGUCCACUCGCCUCUAAUCCCCAUACGGCCUCCCACCCGUCCCGGAAGAGAAAGUGUCCAUACACGGCAAACUCCAGAAGGAAGUCGAAGCAGGUUUGAGGGUGAAAGAAAUCGGCGCGGGCAUGGAUGAUUUGGACUCGCAGUUGAGCAAUAGUAGUGUCAACAUCUUCACAGUCGAUUUCAAAGCCGAGCCAGAGGAUAAGUACAUCGAAAAUGCAGUCAACAGUUAUAAUAGGGUACUACUUAGUUACACGUUGUUUGAUAUCACAUGCUUUGAGUUUGCUAUCGAUUUGGGCCUCUUAGUGUUCUAACCAGAAAAUUUUGAAUCGGAUCUGUAGGAUGCAUGCAAAUGCAACGCCUUAUAUGCAAUCUCCAAAAUCUCCACACAGUGCGUCCGCGUUUUCCGCCACGUCAAGGUGAACUACACCUCACCCCUCGCCUGGAAAAUGAACACGCAGAACUGCGAUCAAAUGAAGAGCAGACUGUUGGAAACAGGUAAACAGUUCUCUGGACUUGCGAACCUGUUUGAUCGAUUGUUUUUUCAUUUGUCCGUAGCCCCAGAGAGAUGGCAGGAGUUUUUGGGCAUUCUAGCAUCCCGAGAUCCCGAUGCAAUAGAGGAUUUUGACGAAUUGCGGCAAGCUUUGAGGGAGGAACAAAAAGAAGUGAAGAGACUCAACGUACAUAUACAUAGGAUACCUUUUUUAGCUGUUCUUGUGCUCAAAGAGUCAAAAAGAAGCGUAGCUUUGUGUAAUGUUUUUUCGUUUCUUUCUCUCGCUUUUUUUUUUGCAUCCUAAUUAAGUCGUAACUUACACCUCGUGCUAGGUAAAUGAGUGAAUGAGUGAGUGAAUGAAUGCUGCAUCUUCAACAUCCUUGAGAACCUUCCGUUGAGGUAUAAUGCGCAUAAUCCGCGCAAACUGACCAACACGAUAGCUUCAUAAUCCGCGAUAACUGACCAAACGUCAUUCAAUCUCCCACACCCCGGAUACUAGGCCGUCCUGCAAGAACGAGACAAGACGAUCGAAGAGCUUGAGACGCAAUUGGCGCUCACCAAGCAAGAAGUCCAGGAUGCUUUGAACCUAAAUAGGGAUUUUGCCGAGAUGAAGGUGAAGCUCGAGACGGAGGUGGAGAGCUUGACGAGCCAGUUGAGCUCAGCACAGCAGAAGUCAGAAAGUUUGAGUCUGGAGAAAAUGGAAAGUCAGAAAAGGAUGGUGGAGAAAUGGCAAGGUAUUGCACUUGGCUUGUGGAUGAAUUAGAAUUUGUAGUUUGAAUCCCAAUUCUAUUUGCUUCCUGUCCUAUUCUAUUCUAUGCUAUCCUAUCCUAUCCUAUCCUAUCCUAUCCUAUCCUAUCCCAUCCUGUAUCCUAUCCCCUUGCAACUCAAUUCCAAAAAUCACUCAGGUGACAAAGCUUCAGCCAGCCUGAAGGAAUACUUUACCUCUUUCGUCCGAGUCAUCUGGGAAGAUAUGAUGAGGAGAAAAUUGGAUAAUGCUUAUGGCGACUGUCUUGUUAUAAAGGAUGAAAACGCCAAGCAGAAGGCGAAAAUACUGGACCUCCAAAAGGAUUUGGUAGCCGUACAGAAGAGCGACGCGAAGAACAGCAAGGGAUGGGAGUUGUUAAGGGGAAGAUGUCAGAAGAAGGUAUUAUUUAGUGUUGUUUGUCAUAUGAGCAUGUGAGAACUAAACGAGUUACAACUUGUGCAACAUAAGUACACUAAGAAAUCACAUUUCCAUGAUUUGCGCAACAAGAAACGCAACCCUAACCCUAAUAAGCCCUAAGCCUAAUAAACCCUAAACCCCUAAACCCUACCCAACCCUAAACCCUACUCACAUAAAACUCCCAUACAGGCCAUCGUCAUCCUCACGCGCUACCAAGUCCCACACGACAUCCCGAUAUCCUCGAAGACCUAUCUCCGACGCGCAUGGGCUAUAUGGAGAUUUGCUUUGCCGCAUAUGAAGAACGAAAACGGAAGGUUUUUGUUGCAAGAAGCGCGCAAGGCGUUUCAGGAAUCUGCCAAGGAAAUCAGAUCCUUGAAGGAAAUGCGUGUGCAGAUGGAAAAGGACUAUUAUGGCGGAAUCAGAAUGUGGAUCAUGUGUUGCUGCUGGUGCUGUCUUUUUCAAGGAUUCGAAAUCAAUAUUCCCAAGUACUAACGGGUCAUAAUAUUUCGCUCGGGUCGCAACGGAAUCAGGCAGCGAGAGUUGUCACGUGAUUCGCAAAUGAAUGAGUGAAUAACUCGAUGGAAAUCGCCGAAGUGUCUCUCUUCAGGAGGGGGUUCUCACUUUGACCCUCAAUCCUAAACCCUCACUUCCUCUCCGCCUCUAAUUUUCCCAAGAAUUGAACAAGAACAUUUUCGAUCGCGGUGUGCAGAGUUCGGUUACGCAUGCAGUGGCGGUGAUUCGACAGCGAGCUAUGCUGAAGCGGGAAUUCAAGGGGAUACAGGAACGGAUGGUCGACGCGCAUCAUAAGUAUGCACUAUUCUUGAUUCAUCUGUAGAUGCCAAUGAAUGAUCGGCCUAGGAUCUUCUGUAGAUGCCAAUGCCUAGGCUAGGAUCCGGAGGAUUUUACCAAUUCGUUCUGUUUCGCUUUCCUCCUCACGACCAUCAGAAACUCCACUCUGUCCCCCACACAACCAACCAACUAUCAGGGAGCUCGAAGCGAAACAGUCCAAGAUCAUGCAACUCGAGAUGGAUAUUCAAGAUAACAAGCAAUUGAAAAACGCCACUGCUGAAUUGGACGAAUUGAAGUGGCGACUGCACACACAGCCUGGCUUACCUCCAAGACAAGUGUUAGCAUUAGACCCGAGUCAGACCUGCAUGGUUUGUAAACGGCAGGUGAUGUAUCAGGAGUUCGUGCAUGGACCAGGAACGGAGAUCGAGACAAUCCGAGACGUGCCUGGGAAAACCUAUUUGGUUAUGGACGAGGAAGAGUUGAACUUGUUUCUUUCUUAGACUUGGAGUGGGGUUGUCACCGUGUGUGGCAGCGAAGCCGAGGCAUCCUAUCCUAUCCUAUCCUAUCCUAUCCUAUCCUAUCCUAUCCUAUCCUAUCCUAUCCUAUCCUAUCCUAUCCUAUCCUAUCCUAUCCUAUAUCCAUCAAGGCAUUUUUACGCGAUAAUGGGCUUUUCCUGUUUACUUGCAAUGACAUCGCCUAUCCCGAAACUCAGAUCCCUUCCCACUCUCCGCUAACCCUGCCCAUCUCGCCGACCGUCCUCCGAAACAUCUAUUCCGCAACAUAUUCAACAAGGGUCUAGACGCUGCCCUCCUCGAUGGUAUGGAUGGCGGCGCUGGCGAAAGGAAUCCCUUAAGAGAACGUGACGAUGACGAAAGUUCACAGGGUUCACAAGCGCCGGACAUGACACAGACUUUGGUGGCAAAAGAGCGGGUUGAUUUCGUGGACUAUGAACUAGAAGCUGAACAAGAGAAGUACGAAGUCCUAGCACAAGACGUCAACUUAAACAUGGCAGAAAGGGGGAGUCCGUUGAAGAAACUGCUAGGAAUCAGUAGAGCAGGAGCGGGAAAGAGCAAUUAUGGCAUUGUUUUGCAGAUAUUGUGGAAGUGUCUUUUUCCUUUGCAACUGUAGUUAUAAUACUUAAGUUGGUGCUCCGAAGUUUUCUCAGAAAAGUGUUUUCUCUUCGACAACCAGUCUGAGUAUCCUGUGUGGCAGGAAUCAUAAGUAUUUUCAUCUCGUGAUCCCGCUAAACCUCAAAACGUGGCACGCGUGCUGGCGGCGGUUCUCGAUCGUUACAACAAGCGAGGGGAGGAACCGGGACAGCAUCUACAACGUCCACUGGAGGUAUGAAUCUUGGACCAGGUGGUACUAGAGCCGCCACACCUCCUCGACAGAGUCGAAACGUUGCACUAGGAGGUGGCCUUGAACAGCCAGGAGCACUUCUAGACGGUUCUCCUGGUCUUGGAGGCCGUGCUGGCAGAGCUGGACUUGGAGGGGCCUCACCUGGAGGAGGAUCGCCGGGAAGAAUCAGACGAGAUAUUAAGGCUUUCCGUAAUCAUUCAUCUGGAGGAGAAGCAUCUUACUUUGCCACGUUUUCAAGGAGAGAACGCGUUUAUUAAGAUGCUCUUCAAGAAGAUGAAUGUGUAAGUAAGGUCUAAAGAUAGCAAUGCACAUCCAGUUUUGGCUAGAAUAGGCGGACAGGAGAAGAUGGGGAAGUACGCACCAGACCUCUUCGUGGGGUUGGGCACAUGCGCGCCAUCAACUUCUGGAUUGCUGUAUGCGGAAGCACCCGAAGGCGAAGUGGCCAAUAAACGCGGCGGAGGUCCUUCGACUGCCCCAACCAAUGGCGCCAACCGCUCGGAUCCGACUCAACAUGCCUUACAGCCAAACUACGUGCCUUUCCGACCAGAUAGUGGGGUUUCUGUGCCGGCUUCAUCAGCUAGGACGUCGAAUAGCCCAGACCGUGGAUCCCGCAGUCCAGAUCGAGGGUCUAAAGGGCAAAGAUCCAGGUCUCCAGACCACCGAUCCAGAGGUGGAGUUCACCCAGCACCACCAAUUUUUCUUCCUGGCCGUGGUUUAAUGCGUGGAGUGGGCUUUGGAGAAGGGGGACAACUUCUCAACGCUUUUACGUCACCUAGAAGCAGAAACGAGAAUCUUCACAGAAGACGUAGUACUGGCGACAGUGACUUCAUGCUACCCAGCUUAAACGCCCCAGGCAUGAAAGUGCGGAGUCGCAGUGCUUCGCCUAUUGGGUACUCUCCAGCGGAUGACCAAUUGGCGGAAUUUGGUGGAACGCAGAGCAGCUGGAUGUCCGCUGUGUCUCAGGGAGGUCAUUCGUCGUUUCACAACAACCACGGUUCCGAGUCUGCUUUCCGUACUACUGGCGGCUCCAGUAUCUUCCGCACGAGUCCUCGUGGCGGAGUAAAACGUCGUAGUCAUCCUGGCACAAACUCAAACACAACCACUUCUGACUUGUUCAACCAGAUGCGUGCAACGCAUACUAGUUUCGGCAAUAGUGGCGGAAACAGCAAAGCGAGUACGCGGACUGGCUUUUUCGGAACGACUGCGGGGAGCAGUGACUUUGCGAGACGGAGUGGAGGGUUCUUUAAUGCAAAGGAUAAAACUGGUGGAGUUCAAUUGACGAAAUUCACUGGCGGUGCAGGCCCAGGACAAGCUGGAGCGAGCCCGAUAAAGCAAAUGAGCAAAACAUUUAGCGGUGGGUUUCAGUGGAGGUGAGCGGCAGACUAGUAGAGCAGGAGGUUUUAAAUUUAUCGUAAUUAUACGACUAGUACGUUUUGAUUUUUGAUAUAAAUUUUUGGUAAAGUCGUGGGUCUAUCUUUCUGCUUUUGGGCAGACUAGAUAGAACAAAUAACUGUACAUACGUAUUCUAUUUACACGAACUAUCUAAGCAAUGUGAAUGUCUUUCUCUUUUUUAUAACAGGUUUAGCAUACAACGAAACGUAGAAGAGGUUCAAUACCAUUAUUUUUACCGCGUAGAUGAAUUCAACAAAGCAGCAUGAUGGCCAUGCAUAAGCAUGAUUCAUACCAUGAUGGUUAGGUUUUGAGAAUAAGUUUAAGCAUACCGAAGAAAAUGCACAGGAUGUUAUGAUUUGUCGAGCUAAUUGAGACGAAUUCGUUAUCUUUGUAAUAUAUGCACAGAGCAAAGAAUGCUAGGAGAAGUAAGGAGAUCUUCACAUCACGGAAUUGAUUGAUUUGAGGGGGUAAAAAUUUAGCUGCACUAAGGGGAUCUUGUAGAGUAUGACUAUGUUGAGGAGAAGGUCACGUAGUUUCUUUUGAAAAGGGUGCAGCUUCAUUGUUUUUACUUGUUUAUCAUCUUAGUGUGAUUUUAGUGAUUAGAUGUUCAAGUAGUUUCGUAUUUGCAGAAUGCGAACAAGUAAAUGCAAUAGUGCUAGAAUUGUCGAAUUCAGAAUGAUAAUGCAAGUUGCUUGGAUGUAAACGGGCAAAUACAAAAGUAUAAUUGCAAGCUUUCAAAAAAAUGAACGCCGCAUGCGCUAGGUUGUUCGAUUGGCUUCGAAAAUGACGAUGGAAAAAGACGUCGAUGAGAAGAUGGAAAAAGAUGGGGUACUUUUUGCAGGCACACCAGGUAACUACCGC